AAGAUCUAGCGAGAGAGGGAGAAAAAAAUGGCAUUUACAGGAACCCUAGAUAAAUGCAAGGCUUGUGAUAAAACUGUGUAUUUUGUUGAUUUGUUGACUGCUGAUGGAGUAACUUAUCACAAGUAUUGUUUCAAAUGUAGCCACUGCAAAGGAACUCUUGUGAUGAGCAAUUACUCUUCCAUGGAUGGAGUUCUUUAUUGCAAGACUCAUUUUGAACAGCUUUUCAAGGAAUCAGGCAAUUUCAGCAAGAAUUUCCAAUCAUCUGGGAAGCCUGAGAGGGAAAAUUCACUGACAAAAGCCCACAAGCUCUCAUCUUUAUUCUCUGGAACCAUAGACAAAUGUCCAGCAUGUGGAAAGAUUGUUUAUCCACUAGAAAAGGUAACAAUGGAAGGAGAGUCUUUCCACAAAUCUUGCUUCAAAUGUGCACAUGGAGGUUGUCCUCUAACACAUUCAUCUUAUGCUGCUCUUAAUGGUGUUCUCUACUGCAAGCACCACUUUGCUCAGCUGUUCAUGGAGAAGGGAAGUUACUCUCAUGUCCUAGAGGCCACCACUCACCAUAGAAGAAGUAGUUCUGUGCCCUCCAUUGAGAUUGAGAAUGAUCUCGAUGAGCCUAUUAAGGAACAACCCCACGACGAUCCCGAGAACAUCAAACAAGACGACGAUGAUGAAGACGAUAAGAAAAACAAUAAAGAAGACGAAGAUUAA